AUGACCUCAUACAGGUAUGUCGCUGUCCAGGACGAUGACCCAUUUGAACUCGAUCGAAAUCAGAACAUUACCAAACGAACAGAAGUGCUUGAUUUUAGUCAAACCAGGCUUUCCGACGAUGACGAUCGGGUGGAGACUCGGUCGACUGUAAUCCGUGUUCGAUCCCAGAGCCUCAAGCACUUAAAUGAACGAGUGGAAACUGGAUCAAUCUCUAGAUCUAAAAGCCUCAGGGAUGUAGACGACACAGGGGAAUUUGCAAGCGUCAAGGCUCGAGUAUCUUAUGUUGAUAGUUGGAAUCCAGUGAACCCGGUCGGAAGGGGGAGGAUCGCAGAGAGGGUCAAAAGCUGGGAGAAUAAUUUAGACGAGGAGGAAGCCGGCUCUUGGAGGGAAAGGAAAACAUUCAGCUCAGAUAACGGGAUGGAUCGACGAAAAGUUAGUUACAAUGGAACGCGAGCGAGGGGCUAUGAUAACUACUACGGAUCAGGGGAGCCAGACUGGCGAAAUGAGAGAUACGAAAGUUAUCAGUACAACCGUGACUCUGCAGAAAAUUUGUAUGGUGCCCGAGAUGAGGUAAGAUACUGGGAUUGUGCUAUGCAAAUAAGUGUUAGUUCUUAGUUUGAAGCUUGUCCGGGUCUUCUUUUUAAAACAUGCAAAUAUCGCACAGCAAAUAAGUCUGGGAAAGGUUAUCGAGGCAAUGGUAUGGUAAAUUACUUGGGACUUAUGUUUUGUUCGAUCAAAUGCAAGUUUGUAAUUUGAAUGGUAAUUUGUUUACCCACGAAGCAUUUAAGAGUUCAUAGGAACUCCGACGUUGAAAUGUGUCCGUGCGCUCCAGAUCAAAUUGGAAUUUGGAAGUUUUGGUUUUUAAGGAGAGGGGAAAACCGGAGUCCCGAAGAAAAACCUCUCGGAGCAAGGGAGAGAACCAUCUCACAACUUCGCCAGCUCUCCAACGUGCCACUAACAACAGAGUAGAAUAGGGGUUUGCUUUAGUGUUGGGGUACUAUGCUGUGUCUACUGAGGUAAAUCAGAUAUUACUGUAACCAAAACAAAGUUUAGUUAGAUGCUACAUCAAAUUCGAUCUAGUAAAAACAGCUGCGAACAGCCGGGAAGGAUUAGAUUGAGGGCUCCUGAUUGAGAAAAAUGUGUAAACAUAUAAGCGCUUCCAAUUUAAUUUUAAUAACUGCAUAGCAAUUUCAUGAAUCAUCUGUAGGCGUCAGGCUCAGAAAUAGAUCUUCAGCAUCUUUGAAGCUGAAUUUAAAUUAUAUGUGCAUAAUGCACAGCCGCGAAAUUUUUGUCAUGAAAUUGGCAUUUUUGCCCCUGAUUGAAAGCUUUUUCCAGUUUCUUGACUUGCUAAGAACAUAAAAAAAUCCUCUGUGGAAAUUUAAGGAUCUGCUUUUCUCUCUCUCUCUUUUUUUAUGGCGUUCCUUAACUUCACUGACGCAUUUAUUCAGUUAUCUCUCCAAAAAAACGGCUUUUAAAAAUUCGGAAAUGUUUCACACCCCCUGAAAAUAGAUCAUUCGUUUUCGUGGGUGGAACUUCAACAAGAAAUUAACGAUUAUACUUGCCAUAAUCCAGUUGAAAAGAAUUUAAACCUUCCAACCAUUACAGUGCCGGAUCCAGAUUUCCAAAAAUUUUUUUCGGCCUUUCGGGCCUCAAUUUGGUCUAAAAAUAAGGGGGGCCCGGGUCCCCCGCCCUCCCCCCGGGCCCCUCCCCUAGAUCCGCCACCGCAUUUUCAAGUCAAAGACAUUUGUUAUGUCACUGGCUUCAUUUAAGGCUUAGCUUCGCUUAAAAGACGAUUGAAAAUUUACGCACUCAAAGAUACGAAGUUAACAGGGCAGGCAAUGAUUUUUCUCUAUUUUUCGAGUUUUGUGAAAAGUCGCAGAGUGUCGGUUGACUGUCAAUAGGGAGCUUAAGCAGCGACGUUUUUGAGCGACGCACGUCAACCGGAAGUGAGGUAUUUUCCCUCUUAACAUGCCUUGAUGAUAUAAAAUUUGUAUUCCUUAGCUUCUUUACUGUUAUAGAGGCGAUUUGACUGAAAAUUUGCGCGAAACCACCGUCAAAAUUUGAAAAAAGGCCACUUCCGGUUGACGUGCGUCGCUCAAAAACGUUGCUGCUUAAGCUCCCUAAUAAGUAUGCUGUCGCGCCGUACACGAAAUUUUCAAGGUGUUUGUAAAUAUUACGCUCUCAAAAUUAAUUCUGUCGUUGUUAAGAGUAACAGUUCUGCCCGACAUCUUAUUCAUGCAAAUUACCUAAGCAUUUUAUUUAAACAAUUCACUUAGACCUUUUAUAAUGCAAAUCUUUAUUUAACAAGAAACAAUUAAACAAAGACAAACGAGUACAAAAUUUUACAAUGCACCAUGGCUUUAAAAAUACUCCUAAGGAUUACUUAACAUUGUAGUCGGAAGCAAGCGAAGUAGUUCUGCAGAUUCCAGGCAUUUUUCUCUUGGGAAGGGACGCUAUUAGUCCAUGACAGUCCUUAAGUUUCCAGGCAUCACACAACCCGACAAAUCAUGCAGUGCGCACGCACACUCGAAAAGGACUGACCCUCUCUCCACAGGGGUCCUGUUUGUCUGACCAAAAGGAGAGCGGGCUCUGGGCUCGCUGAGAGUUCUCGUUGGCUAAAAAUAGUUUCUAAACCUAAUUUACAUAAGCAAACGUGAAAGUAUCAGACCUUAACAAAUUGUAAGAAAUUGUAAAACCACAAAGGAUUGGAUUGGUACAAUACGGUAGCCCUACAUUCGUUUUCCCUUCAGUUUUAGUCCUAUAAAGCAGCUCUUGUCAUAACUUGUCACGUCCUGCUUGUCAUAAUGAAGAGAGGAAAAGUCGGAAAGAGACACGCGCACAUCUUUGUCAAGAUCGUGGGCUACAUUUGUCACGCAAUUCAGAGAAAACUAUCCAUUGUCGCAUGACUGAUGGGUGAUGAUGAAGUUUUUUGACGUUAGAGCACGGGGAUUCGCUUUCGUGAUUACCAGCGCUCAGGUGAAAAGUUGAAAUUGAUCCAUAAAAAUACAUAAUGUUUACUUAAUAAGUCGCUGUCCAAUUAACCUUGCCCUCUAGUUUUAUUUUCCUCUGAUUUUUUAUACGGCGAUGGAAGAUUAUAACGGCAAAAAAGAAAACUAAACAUUAAACCAGGGAUAAAAAUGAAUGAACACAACACUUUUAAAAAUCCUGUACGUCGCGUUUGGUCGCGUUUUUCCUCGCGUUUUUCCGCGCGUUUUUGCGCCUGGUUCUUUCUCUCACUACAUUUGAGAAAAAUUCUCUUACAGUUAGAUGCCACUGUGUAGUUUAACUGUAAUACUUUAAUCACAAAAUGAAAAUAUUCUAUUUGGCUUCAUUUAUUAAAUCCCCCGCCAUCAUUAAAUCUAUGUCUAUACGUCGCGGAUCUCUAAAAACGUCAAUUGCUCCAUUGCAAAGUUCUAGAAAUUUCGUGAAACUAUUCAAUUCGACGGAACGUUGCCCUUUCAAAAGUAUAUUGGUAUACUGAGCAAAGAUUAUCAAACAAAACAAAUAUACAAAGCUUUAAAGAAAAAUCAAAUCAUUGUUUAUACUAAUCACUGUUUUAAAAGGUGGGCAACGAACUGAAAAAUUGCUUGACCAACGCCAAGCCGAGAUAAAUGUAUAAAUUAAUUUAAGGCGAGCACCGAAAACCCCAUUUAAAACAGGCGCUUUGGACUAGUAUCCCUUUCGAGUCAAUUAUAACCGCUUAUAUUGAAAAUUCUUUGCUGCUCCAAUAUGUCAGUGACAAUAUAUCUACCGCAUAGUAAAACAACAAAUUUGUUUUCCAUAAAAACAAUCGCUGACCUUAGGGAAAGUGAAAACUGCUAAGAGACUGGUUAUUGUGACGUAAUGAAUAUUGUCGGACUUUCAAGUAUGAUAAAUGAGCGCCUCGGAGCAAAUACUUGCUAAUAUCACAUAAAUAAGUUAAGAGUUGUGAGGUCUGAGUUUGUUGUGCGGAGGCAUUUGGUCUUUGGGAAGUUCACAACAGCAUCAUGGCUAGGUCACUAAGAAACCUAUCGUGGAAAGGACAGAAGGAAGAGGUGGGUAAUUUUGAUUUACUUCGUUUCGACCCGCCCCCAAUAACUUCCUCCAGCAGCAGAAUUGCAUGAGAUGCAGUGCUAUGAAGUAUAUGGGAUGCUAGUCUAUCACAAAUACAAAGCUCGGCUCUGAUACGAUUCUGCAAACUGCAUUUUUGCUUAUUGUUCAGUGCAGACAAAAAAAAGUAGCUAGAUAAAUUUGUUUUUCCAGCGGCGAUUGCGGAGGACAGGUUCAGUCGUGUAAAGACACGAAGAUCGAAACUAUCAGAUUUAAUAGUGUUAACAAUCGCUUGAAAAAUUUUCAGCACGACCCCAGUUUGCCAAUGCCAGCAGUCCAAAGUUACGAUCAUUUGAGAAAGAAAACUCAUUUCAACUUAUCGUAUUUAUCUAUUUAUUUAGUUAUUCAUCAUAUCAGUACUUGGUUUUCCUUAAAGGCAUUCACAAUAAGAAAUUGCGGUUGCCUCCCUUUAAUUUUAUGUAAAUCUUUCUGUUUUUUUACGUCCAAUAUCAAUCUAGCGUUUUCUUUAAAAAGGUCACUGAGAUAGGUUAAACUUAGGAUGACAGGGUCUUUUUUUUGUUUUGUUAUGAAAACGUACUUGAUAUACACCAAAAGAUCAAAGGAAAUCAAACCCAAAGGCACCGUGGUUUUAUUUUGCCUUUCACCCGAUUUGGUCCACUUCAAGACCGGCAGAAUAAAACUGUAUUUCCUCUAAUAACAGCCGGGAGCCAUUUAUAUUCCUUUUUUCCCUUGCCUAGAGGUUUUUUUUUUCAUCUAGAAGGUGCGAUUAUUCGAGAAACGGGAAUUUUUCUUACCGCAAGUCGUUCCUUUGACGGUUGAUCUUACUAGCCUCAUUUUACAAAUGAUACAAAUAAACUAAACAGGGGCUUCCUAAAUUGUGGAUUAAGGGAAGGGGCGGAUAUUCGAGGCUCCUUUCGAUAAAGGUCAAUCCUAUAUUUUCACCAACGGGGGUCGAUUUUUCGAGGGGGCAGUCAAUCGAAGUUAUUCAGCGUGCUUUAAUUAACCAUAACGACGACGGUAGACUACGAGCAGUCUCUCUUUCUUCUUAGUCGUUGGAGCGAAACUUGCCAGAAACGAAAAUGACCACGCGCGUGGACGGAAGGCCCUCGUUUCUCGUGUCUUUGCCGCCCGACGCUCGCGCGCGCAUACACUCCCCUCACGAUAUCUGAAGAAAAAGAGAAACUGCUCGCAGUCUAUGCACAGGGCACCCACACAAUCUGUGUUUGUUUCCGAUUGUUAUUUUAUAGUACAUGUACUGGAUUUACCGUUUGCUUCACCUAUAGCGAUAUAUCGUUAAGUAUUUAUAUAAAUCAAUGUUAAAUAAACGUUGAAUUACGUUACCUCCGAUAUGUUGCCGUCCUUUGCCUAAAAAUGGUUUUUUUGAGCGAUUUUGAAGGAUGUUGAGUUCGGCGUUUACUAUUCCUGUUGUUCCCUAUGGCGCGUGUCCAGGAUGAAAUGUGAUUAAACAGAUCUGCUUUAAUAGUUUCCUACUUUUUGUAAUAGGGGCAACAAACGCUUGUCUAUUUACAAGGUCAACUAAAUACGUUAUCAGGCGAAUAAAAAUCAAUCGACUUUCUUGAUGAAAAGCUAAAUUCUUGAGACUAAACUUCACAGAGAUGAGUGAAACCUUCACAUUCAUCAUAAAAGUGUUACGUAAGUAUCAAUGUCAAACAGAGCUAGUAACUAGUAACUUAUUAAUCUGCAAAUUGUAAUAACAUUGCCUAAAAACUGGCCUCAGCCUCUUCGUGUCUAGCCUUUUGAUUUGAAAUACGUACUAUUGGCAAGGCGCAAAAAAAAAAGUCAGGUAACCUUUGAUAUUUUACUUCAAACUCGUGAUUCCAUAUGUUUACACAGUGAUAAGAGCAUUUUAAACGCGGGCUGUAAACGCCAGCCUCCGAUCAAACCGGUAAGUUUUCUUGUAAUAUUUGCCAAAACCAACAAGAUUUAAAUGCUAAGGUGAGGGAAUUUAGAGUAUUCAGCAAUGGGAUAGACGUUGUUUUUAUACCUCGCGCUUAAUUGAAAUUUACUUUCAAAGAACCUCAAAUGAAUGGCCUUUGAUCAAUCAAAUCAGAAUUCGAGUCUCUUUCCUACAAGAAUUACAGCCAUGUUCCAGGUGUUAGUUGUUAAAGAUUUGCUUUCUAAUUCGCAAGAUUAAGACAGUUUACUAAUAACUAACCUUAUAUAUAUCGGGUGGAUGACGGUCAAUGGAUUAUGUCCCUCUUGAAGAGCCAACAGAAUAAGGGUGUCUCGUGCCGUUGACUCGCGAGGCACGCGCGAGAAUCCUCCCACAAUUUAUAAGUACCAGGAAUCAUUUUUGGCUGUUUAUGAAAGAAUAUGUAUUGUUUCAGACAUUUUUUGCAAAGCUUGUUUUCUUGCAAAAAGAAAAAAGCCUUGCUCUUGUUUAAUACUUUUUUGACCUUUUACUCAAAUUGAAGAAUCACUUUCCAAUGCUUUAUCAGGUUGAAUACUGAAACGUUCAAAAGAGUGGUAAGAAUUUUCGCUUUAUUUAAUUUUUAUCUUUUUUUAAAUUGCCAACUUGUCAUAUACUUUUAAAAAUCACGUCACUAGAAUAUUAAAUUUUUGUUUUUCCGUCAGCUUCCUUCGCUAACACGAUAACAUAACCAUAAAAGAAGACCACGUAGAGUCUAUUAAAUUGGAAGUGUUCUAGAUAAUUCUAUAAUUUCAUUCGCUAUGGCUUACGCCCCUAAAAAUAACACAGAAGGCUACUAAGCUACGUGCAUUCAUGAAAUGUUUGUCAUAGCUCUAGUCUGGAACGUCGACUGUUACCGGAUUAAUGGCCUUGAUUUUGUUAUCGUGAGCAGGAUAUAUUUUAAGUUUACGAACGCAAUGACGAACAUUUUUAUGAAUUGAGUAAGAAAGGUGUUUUGCUUUAAACUUCCUCUUCUGGUUUGUGGAGGGAGAAAUGUGCGAAUUUAUGAAAGCCUUUUAGUAACUUCAAAAGUCUAAAAAAUUUCCCCAAGUUAUAAAUUAUUAAUAACGCAGAUACUAUCAGGGGAAUGACCUAGAAUUUCCGCGCAAUUUUUAAAUAUUAGAUAUUAAAACUUUUUUAAAAAUACCUUUGUAUAAAUUCCAAAGAACUUUCGCGACAUUUCUAAAUUUAUCGUGCACUACUUUGCGAAAUAUUUUAGAGGAUGGGAUCUCCAAAUUUCUCAUUUCUCUUUUUAAAUGUAUUUAUUGUUUAAAAGAUGAGCCGGUGGAAAUCCUGCCUACGUGAUAUCAACAUCCGGCCGGUAUGGAUGGAAAUUUAAUGUCUUUUUUUCAGGGGUCGUUUGAAAUAAUUAGUUGUACGUGCUUGCAUUCAUUACAGUUUGAGUCAUUUCCUACAGUUGAUCCCAAAAAGAAAUUUGGGUGGUUUGUUUGCAUGCCGCGCAGUUCUGAAGUCCUUGUUAGCAUUCGUAAGGAUCUAUGCAAUGUUGAGCCUCCGAAAUGCGCUUCCUGAUAUUUCAAAUAGCGAUAUGUCAUGCAAGCUGGCGUGACUUCCGCUCAAUUACCCGGACCAAUGCAUAUGUUGUUGAAUAUCACGCAAUGUUUGAAAUGGAGAUUAUCUGGUUAAUUCUUUGUUUCUGUACAAGGUCACGAUACAAGAGCAAGGGAAAUAUGUCAUCAAUUAUAAUUCAUUGAUUUUAUUUCAGUUAGUCCAAUUUGUUUUUGAUAUCUCGGUUGUCUUCGUUUGCAUGCAAGACCCAAGUUCUGUUGGAAUUAAAUAAUAUACUAAUCACGCAAUCGAGCAUAUUCUCUGUCAAUUUGUAAACCUUUUAAAUCAACGUAAAAAAAUCGCUUUUCGCUUGAAGAUGUAUUUCUAAUCAUUCUUUUUACUUUAAUGCCGAUGAAAACUUCUGAAAGUUAGAAAAUAACAUUGUUUUACAACACAGCAUAUGUCGAGAAGAAAGGUUCAAUAAAAUGCAAAGCGUUGAUAAAACACAGAUAAGAAAUCUAUCGCCAUGUUUGUUGAUGUAUAGAAUGUUUUUGUUACAGCAAAGUAUUAAUCACACGAGGAAAACCAAAGCGAGAAGAAUUAAAAAUGUUGCCGAGCGAUUCACGAAAAUUGGUAAGCUUGAGCGAAUUUCGAAUGCGUUGCGUGACACGUCGUUGUUGGCGCAGCAAGCAGACGACUCAAGACAGACCCACUACUCUGCCGGAUUUGUUUUCAUUGACGUACACACCGUUAUGUGACAUAAAGAAUAUACGCCUUUCCUGAGUAUUGUAUUCUAAGACAUUCUAUUGGUGUUUAGCACAUUUUUGGCGAUAAGAAUUUCCUAUAGGGGCUCAAAUCGCAAAGUUUUCGGCAUUCCCUGUACUCUGGGCCCUACCCUGUCCCUUAUCUAAGAAGGUACAAAAGUGGGCUAGAGCGUCCAGGCUGUUCAAUUUGAUACUUGUACAACUUUCGCACUGAACUUUCUUUUCUAAGCUUGCAGGAGUCAAGUCAAACAACAAUGAAUGUAAGAAUUUCCACUGAUGUGACGCUUUAUUAUGGCUAGGUGUCGAUCAUUUCAUGCUGGGGCAACAAAUAUGAAUUAUUCAACGAGGCCGUGAUUGGCCGUCUCCCAGUAUUUAUGACAACUUACUAAGGCGAUUUCGGGGCGGUCAAGCUCGAGCUUUGCUCUUCAUAGCGACCGUGCUAGCUAGACACUGUCGCUGAUUAGUUGUUUAAUUUCUUGGUCUUUCAGCUCGACACGAAAAUGCCUGAUACAGAUCCGACUUCGGCGGACGCCGAAUGGAAAAAGAUUCAACAGAAUACGUUCACAAGAUGGUGCAACGAGCAUUUGAAGUGUGUGAACAAGUACAUUUACAAUUUGGAAACAGACUUGAACGACGGCUUAAAACUCAUUGCCUUACUGCAAGUACUCUCGCACAAGAAGAUAACACGAUACAACAAGAAGCCUUCGUUCAGACCGCAAAAAAUGGAGAACAUUUCCAUCGCACUGAAGUUUAUCGAAAGCGAGAACAUUCGCUUGGUGAAUAUCGGUGAGUAAAGAAUCGAGCGUAAUUAUUUUUGUCCUUCUUGAAUGGACGCCAAAAGCGUUCCUAAAUUCAGCUAAAUUGCAUUCCUUAAAUAAUGUAAAAUUUUUAUGAUCUGUUAGUGACGGGCAGUAGUGUUACGUUAAUCUUUUGGGUUUUAUGUAGCUUCUUUCAUGGAAGCCAUUUAAAUGUCUCACUAAUCAAGCAGGAUUCGGGGAUGUAAAUAUUUCCCACUCGUUUACAUUAGCAAAACUUUGCAAAUGCAAACAGCAAGACUACUAGAUGUAAGUCCUAGAGGUGUUAAUGGGACCGAAUUCUGCGUUACAUCGUACUACCAUAUUUAGUCAUUAUUCAUGUCUGUAGACACUGACCCGAAUGCCUAAAGAACUUCAGUUGACUGUUGUUGUAAACACCAACAAAUGUUUGCCGUUCAGUUCAUUUAUUUAACGGUAAACGUUCGAAAUAUCCGCACAAACACACAACACAAAGAAGCUCGGGAAUAAAUUUGUUUAAGUUCGUGAAUUUUCCAGAGUUUACUUCAGAUGCUCUUGUUGGGGCGUUAACCUUCCAUCCUGUUCCAUCUCACGUAUUUUUUGGAAUACACUGCACAAACUUUGAACAAUGCAUUAUUUGCCGCAUAAUUCUGGAAUUUUCUUUGUGAAAGCGUUCAUUAACACACUCAAGUUAAGCUUAACCUAUAAAAAUUCUAUCAAACUCACAUUUUAAUACAUCUGGAAUUAUAUCUCUAGUGAUUUAAAUUUCGUAGGAGCCUCAAAUUUCCACUGAACCGUGUCCUUCCGUUUCGUGAAAAUCGCCCCUGGUGACCGUAAAUUUAAUUACAAAAAAUCACACUAUAAUCGCAUGCUGUAAUUUUUCUUAUACAGUUUGUUAACUGUGCACUUUCCGUUCUAUUCCUUUUUAUUUACACCAGGAUUUACAUUUCCUAAUUUCAAGUUUACAUACCCCCAAAACAACGUUUAGCAAGUACGUGUUCUGUCUAGCGUGGAAACAUGUACGCACUCUGAACGUUCAAGCAGAUAAGAGCUCUUUAGACAAAAGUCGUUUUUACUGAAGUUUGUUUGGAUUAGAUAGAGCUAAGACAUGUUGAAAAGAGGGAUUUUCGAGCGUGAUGAAAUGCCUUCGUCCACAGAAUUGCAAAUAUUGUCUUUCUCAGCAAGCAAGUGAAGCAGGAGUUUUGUUUAUUCAACGAAGCGUGUCGUUGCAGAUUUCACUACUGGAGUUAGUUAAUCAAAUAUAUGUGAAAACCAUGUUUUUUAUUUGUUAGAAUUUGUCAGCAGAAGUAAGUGUUAUAUUUCACUGAAGUUCUCUCAGCACCUUUAUCCUAUACAUAAUGAUUAUUUUUGGAAAAAAGCACCCGAACGUUUUGACAGAACGUGAUGUAUGAUCUUACAGAACAAUAAAAAGUCAAUUAAUUUUGUUGGUUAACUGCUCGCGUCUUCAAAAGAAACAAUCCUCGAGUAAUGUUUAUUUUAACAUGAACUGUGUUCGUGGUUUUUUGUGACUGGCUAACAGAAGUUUUGCUUGUCAAGACCUGUUUCUUAGAAAAACAUGCACUCAUUUCUGUGUAAUUGACAGGGGUUUUAAAUUACUCUCGGAAAGAAACCGUACAAUAAGAAACACAUUCACUGCUCUUUUCUCAUGUUAACAUUCCUCCAGUCACAGUACUUAACAGUUUGUCAAGUCUGUGAAUUAUAUUUUUAAGUGACUAUUCAAAUCAGCCUUUCCUUCCUGUGGUGUCAAUUUGUUUUUGUCCUGUCUACCAUGAUAUGAAAAAUUUAACAUAAAUUUUCCUUAAUUGACAUUCCCAAGAGAGCUAAUAAAUAAUUGUUUUGCACAGAUUUCACCUUUGGGACGAUUCCAUUUCUUCCCAUUGAUUUAUUCGCAUUAUUUGCAGCAUAUAUAUCCUCUCGACUCAUUAUAUAUUUACGUCUCAUGCAAAGCUAUAAUUAUAUGAAGUUAUUUGUUGGAUAUUGCUGUUGAAUGCCAAUACAAAGAGCUUUUAUUUAAUGCUCAAGAGAAACCUUUGUCUGCUGUUACAGAAAUGCUCCAUAGAGUUCCAGGAGUUUGAGAAAAAUUUAUACCAUUUUGUAAAGUCACAAAGCAUAAAUUAGUCAGACAAAAUUCUCAGGAGACAAACCAUAUUAUCCUUUGUUGCUCCUGCCAAUAUCUGAGGAGUGCUUUCAUUUUCAGUUGUAGAACAAACUAGAUCCUGACAUGGGGUGGGUGGGGGGGUUUGCUUGUUUAGGUUUAGGGUGGGUAUAAUGUCACCCAUGCCUCCAAAUGUGAACCCCAUUUCAAGAUAUUAAAAUCAAUAACACCCAGUUUUGAGGAAAAAGCCAAAUUUCAGUAGUGGACCCUUGAUAUAGCAAAGGGCCAAGAGACUGGCAAAAUAUGUCUGUCUGUUAUAAGAAGGUUUCGUUACAUAGAAGUUGUUUUUGAAUUUUCAUAUACUUUACUAUUGCUGGGGUAAAGAAAAUCAUUGGUUAUAGCCAGGACUUCGUAAUAUAGAGAUUCGUUAUUGUGAUGUUCCACUGUACUUGUUCUGAAUAUUUUAUACUCAUUAACAUUUCCCUUAACGAAUUUCUUUUUUUUCUUAUCAGAUGCAAGUGAUAUUUUUAAAGGGAACAUCAAACUUAUCCUGGGUCUGAUAUGGACAUUAAUUCUCAAGUAUCAGAUAAGUAUGCCUUAUCUAGAUGAAGAGGAAGAACAAGGUGGCCAAAAAAUGACUCCAAAACAAGCUCUUCUGGCAUGGUGUAAAAGCAAAAUGCCGGAGUCCAUUCCGAUGGAUAAUUUCAACAGAGACUGGAAUGAUGGACGUGCCGUUGCUUGCCUUGUGGAUGCAGUGGCACCUGGCCUUUUCCCUGAGUGUGAAGACUUAGAUCCUAAAGAUAAACUUGAAAAUGCCAGACAGGCAAUGCAAGCUGCUGAGGACUGGCUUGGAGUGCCACAGGUGAAGAACUUUUAAGACCCACAAAAUGCUAUAAUCAGCAUGCAUAUAUUCAAUGCAGACCUUUUACAGUGCUUUUAAUGCGAACUAAGGGAGGUUUGCGGGAGGAUGGUAGAGCCAAGAACUGUAUAUAAUAGUUGAGUAAAACAUGUAACCACACAACAAGGCACUGUCAAGCUGCUUACUCAACAGACUUACCAUAUACUUACCAAAGGAUGGGCAGGGUUGGGAGCAUGGCACUUUGUAAGCAUGAGUAACAUAAAGUUACUCAAACAUGGCCUGAAUAGCCUGACCUCAACAGAGAAGCUGUGAAUUCCCAAGACCCCUGCAAAGCUUUUCGAGUGCACGGUUAAUCGCAGACAAAAUAGUGUUGGCCCAUAAUGUCGCAAGUUCUUCUUGCAUCCUUUGUUAGGAUGAGCAAAAGUUCUGCCCAAUAGGCCAGGUGAAGUAAAGCCUGUGUUUUGGUUGGCUGCUUGCCUGGUUAGGGUUUCCCUAUAGCAAAUCCAUUAUCAAACAAGCUUGUUCGGUCUAGCCUCUGUCGCAGACAUAAUUUAACUUUGGUUAGUAACAUCUGCGAAGCAGCACCGAUAUCCUUGUUCUGGGCACCCAGUGGACUCAACGAUUUGAAACGUACUUCCGGCAAUUGUUACUGGAAGUGUGUUUGACCAGAGAAGCUUUAGAGAAGCUUUAUUUGUUUACAUUCACAAUAAAUAAAACUACAAAUACAGACUACCUGCGAAAUAGCUGAGCUAAUCGAGGCAGGCAGCAUGGAGACGUGUCUAUUACAUUAUACAAUCUUAUUCUAAUGACAUGAAGAUAUACGAUUAUUACAAAUUUCAAAUUCCUUCCAUCCUAAUUGGUAAAUCGACAAUGGCAUUCUUAACAGUUCAAUCAUGGCAGGUACUCAAAUCCUAGUACACAGAUUCUGGCACUGUUUCACGGACAGACUUAACCAGAGUUUAGUUUUGUUUGUGGUGCAGGCUAUAUAUUUUGGUCAAGUUAGUUGGGUAUUUGAAUAAAUCUUCCUUGAUUCAGGCAAAGUAAUCUCCUACCUCCUUUCCAUCUCACACUCAUUUUUUGUCUCAAGCAUUUUUCUCAUUUUGUAUAUUUUUUAUUUGUACCUCUGCAGGUUAUAACACCAGAAGAAAUCACCAACCCUAAUGUUGAUGAACUCAGUGUCAUGACAUACGUCUCAUACUUCCCUGAGGCAAAACUCAAACCUGGUGCUCCCCUGCGCCAAAGGACACACCCGUCUACAAAGUGCUCAGCAAAGGGUCCAGGUGUGGAACCCAAGGGCCUCGUUGUUAAGAAGCCAGCCGAUUUCACUGUGUUUACGCAAGGUGCAGGAGCUGGAAAGCUGGGUGUUUCAGUCUGGGGACCAGGCAAGGUUGAAGAGGAGGUUAUUGUACAAGACAAUGGAGACCAUACAUACUCAUGCCAGUACUUCCCUCCAAAACAAGGUGAGAAAAUCAAUGUGCCUUGUUAGCUGUUUCUGAGUGAGAUAGAAGGUUCAAUGUGGGACAUAUUACGACUGGUCAUCAGUUUGACCCUCUGAGUUUCAUCGCAAUCAGAAUUAAGGAAAUCCAUGUUUUCUUCAAAUGUAGGUGUUGGGCAAAAGCAGGGCUGGGUAUAGCAGUGCCCUUAGGCCCCUUUUUUGGGAAAAACCUCCUUAACUUUUGUCGGCAAAGAAAAAAAUUCUAUUAUGAUAUUUACUUUUUUUCAGUUAGUUUGUGAUCAGUUGUCACUGUUUUUUGUUACAGGAAAAUAUGAUGUGCAUGUUAAAUGGAAUGGCCGACACAUCCCUAAAAGUCCAUUCAGAGUAGAAGUUGGACAAGAUCUUGAUGCGAGUCAGGCAUACGCAUCUGGACCAGGAUUGCAACCUGAAGGUAUCCAAGCUGGAAAAUACACAGACUUCACUGUUUACACCAAAGGUGCAGGUGAAGGGCAGGUGUCAGUCAAAGUUAUUGACCCACGUGGCGGUGAGGAUGUGGACAUUAUUAUUGAACCUCAAGAGGACUCCCAGUACUUUGUUGAGUAUCAACCUGUUAAUGCUGGAAAACACACAAUCAAGGUCAUGUUUGGCGGCCAGCCUAUCAGUAAAAGUCCUUUCCACGUUAUGGUUAGUCCACCACGUGUUGAGCCCAUCCCCAGCAAAGUCCGCGUGUUUGGCUCAGGUAAGAAGGCAGUGUUAUGUGCUCAUUCUCUCUCAGAGUCAGUUGAAUCAAAUUAAUCCUUUAAGCCCUGAGAUUGAUCAGCAUCAAAUUUCUCCUUGUAAUAUCAAUGCUUUGUAAGACAGAGUGGUCAUGAGAAUUACUGGCAUGAUCACACAAGGUGAAUUUGCUUGAUACUUUAUCAACUUCUUCCCCCUACUUUUGUAGGAAAUGAAUAGGGGCAACAAACGAGAAUUCAACUUUUGAUCUUGGGGUAUAAAGGUCAUCUCUUGCCUUCCACCUCUAUACGAAAACAUUGUGUCAGUGGAAUUGAGUUUUACUGUUGCUAUAAAUUUAUAAAUGACUAUCAUUGUUAGUGCAUAGGUUUUAUACUAUAGUCAAACUUCAAACCUGUUCUACGAAAUGAAAUUUUUCAGUUCUCCCUACAAAUUAAAUGCUAAGUCAACUCUAAGUUCUUUUUAGACAGUGUGUGAUGACAGUUAAAGUACUCACUGAUAAUAGUGAGAUACAUGUACAUGUGAUGGUACCAAUAGUGAUGGCCAAUAUAGAUUAAUGGUUGUUCUUGUAUCUUGCACCAGGUGUUGAGCCAACUGGGUUAAAAGCAGGACAGCGUGCCCCAUUUACAGUCGAUGCCAAAGCUGCUGGUGAUGGUGAACUGGACGUCUUUGUUGAGGGUCCACAAGGUGAAGAAAAAGUUGACAUCAGGAACAAUGGUGACGGCACAUACUCCUGCAUGUACUACCCUAACAAGUUUGGAAAAUACAUUGUUAAUGUCACAUGGAGCUCUGUGCAAGUUCCUAACAGUCCUUUCAAUGUGAAAGUUGCACCAGCUGUUGAUGCAAGUAGAAUUAAGGCUUAUGGACCAGGCUUGGAAAAAGGUAAUGUGAUGGCUUUGUUUGAUUUCCAUCAUUGUGACAGGUGUGCAGUCUGAUAGAUGCUGCCCUAACUUAAUGGAAAGCCACAAUGAUAUUGCAAGUUUCAGCUCACAGUCGUUUUAAUAUUUUUAUUAAUCCUUGAAAGGGUGCCACUCAUUUUGGGAUUAAGCUUCUAGUAAAAUGCCUCUGCAAAAGUAUUCUACAUUACUGAAUAGUAGUACCUGCAAAUCUUAGAGGAACAAAAGAAUGGCCAUCUCUUGCCUCAGGAUACAUUACCUUCAAUGGUUGUUUUUUAACAAUGCUUAAAUCUUUAGCUAUUGUUCUGUUUUUGGUUACAAUUGAACUUGUGUCGGCUUGCCUUCUACUCUGAGACAUUUUGAAACAAUUUCUUUAGGGCAAGGAAGUUUUCAGGUGAACUUGUAAACAUUGACACCACUGGGCAGAAAAACGCAUGCAGGAAUUAACCCCUUCACACCAAAAAAGUUUUCAAGAAUUUAACCAAAUUUCCAAUUUCAUCGUCUAAAUAUCUUAAAUUCAAAUACCACUAUGUGAACAUGCUGCAGAAGAGUUUCAUAUGAAUGAUCACACCAGAGGAUUUCAUCCACGAACUCCAAAGUCAUAACAACCAUUAUUCAUUCUGGGAAUUGAAGAGGUGAAUUCCUGGAGGUCAUAGGAAAAAUUCUCCAAAACUUGGAAUCAUCAAAUUUUUUGCAAUUUCUUUUUUCUUACCUUGUAGGUACUGCUGGCAAGCCAUGUGAAUUCACCGUGGAAACUAAAGGUGCUGGAAUUGACAGCCUUGGUUUUGCCAUCGAAGGACCAUCACAGGCAGAGAUUCACUGUCAAGAGAGAUCCCCGGGUAUUUGCGAUGUCCGGUACUAUCCAACUGUGCCAGGAAAGUAUGCUAUUCAUGUCACAUGUGGUGAUGAGGACAUUCCAAAGAGUCCAUUUAUGGUACCAAUAUCCCCAGCAGGAGAUCCCAGCAAAGUUUAUGCCAAGGGACCUGGUCUAGAACCUGAGGGAGUUGUAGCAGGUACUUAUUAAACAGCAUUAAUAAGUAACCCCCGGGAUUUUCUUCAGAGAUAAUAUUACCCCUGGGAGAUCCAUCAAAGUUUAUGCCAAGGGACCUGGUCUAGAACCUGAGGGAGUUGUUGCAGGUACUUAUUAAACAGCAUUAAUAAUUAACCCCCAGGAUUUUCUCAGGAGAUGAUAAAUUACCCCUGGGAGAUCCAUCAAAGUUUAUGCAGAGCAACCUCCCUUUUUGUAGCACUGGCACAAUGCAGUUUUAAAUUAUUAUUCAUGUCGUUGAUAACCCAACCUCUUCGUAACGGAGAGUGAGGGGGAAGGGGGUGGGGAGAGGGGUAUCCCUGGGAGUAAUUUUACCAUUGGGAGAUGCCAAGUGAGUUACCCAGAUGAGCACUGAAUGAAAAAAUGUUAGGCGAACUGAAGUGACAGUUUUCUAGAUCCAUGACAACUUACUACAGGACGUAACUAAUCGAUAGAAAUCGAUCAUCGAAAAUGUAAUCGAUUAAUCGAUAACACUCGAUAGUACUCGAUAUUUGUCGAUUGAUUAGUCAAUUUAAUCGAUUGAAAUCGAUAAUCACAAAUUUUUUGUCGCAUCUAUGGAAAUCGAAAAUCAAAAACGUGAUCUGAUCUUAUCAUAACACUGCGUAACACUUACCUUCAAGCUUACCUUCGAAUCCGCUUUGUUGAUAAAGAUGAUGUUACUUCCUUCUCCAAUGGUAGCUACUUUUCUUAUUUAUUUUUUUUACCAGGAUCACUGCUGUAAAUUUGUACUCUAGAAUCGUCAGAAUCGUGGUGAAUAGCCGUAGUCACUAAUGUAGAAAUUGGCAAACUGUCGUCCGUUCUCCGAGAAUUUAGAAGGGUAUUGUUCGAGCGCUUAUUGGGAGACAGGCAUGGUGGCUUAUUUACGGAGCGCGGAGAAUCUUCGUCCGUUUUCUUUUCGAUCAUUGUCGAACAAAUCGAUAAAAUCGAUAGCUAAUUACAGAAAUCAAUCAAAAUCGAAAAUCACAAAGACGCGAGUGAUCGAUUUCUAUCGAUUUCCGAUAUUAAUCAAUUGAUUAAUAUCGAUUACGAUCGAUUAUGUUCGAUUUCUAUCGAGUAUCGAAAAUAUCGAUUAGGUACGCCCUGCUUACUAUGUGGGGAAAAUACGGCUUUAAACUGGAAGAAACCACAAAUUUCCCUAACCUCGGAUGUUAAACCUCCUCUUCUCCGCAGAUAAUCGCAUUUGCUGUACAUUCCGCUCUUUGAUUUUAUGCACGGUGGUCGAAUAAACGUUUCUCCUCUUCAACAGUUUAAGCGUGAAGACUGGGAACUACUAUUAUUUUUUUUCGGGAAACAUUCGUUGAUCUUCGUUUAUUCGAUCACUCCGCGGAAAUAAUUCGUCGAUACGAACAUACUAUUCGUCAUUGGACGGUCCAAGGUAUUUAAUUUAUGGUAAAGACAGUAGUGACAUAUUGCCGAAAUCUGUGCCCCGCGCGCGGCGUAGAAGUUUACGGAAUCCAUUUCGUUCAAUAUUGACCUUGGAGUGGUUGUCUUUGUAGGUUUACCCGCGGAAUUUACAGUCUUCACUAAGGAAGCCGGCGAUGGUGAUGUCGAUGUAAGAGUGAUUGACAACAAUGGAAAACAAGUCCCCGUGGACAUCAAAGACAAUAAAGAUGGCACCUACACCGUGAUUUACUACCCCACCACCGUCGGUGCAUACACCGUAAAUAUCACUUUCAAUACUGAGAGCAUCCCUAAAAGCCCAUUCAAAGUGAAUGUUUGUCAGACGAACAGCUCUGCAUGCCGCGCAUAUGGGCCUGGGCUCGAGAAGGUAAGAGCCGUAAAAGUGAGAGAACCGGAAGUGGGUUUUUUGCACUCGUGGGCAGUGGUUUUGCCCAAAUUUUCCCGCAAAUCGUUUCUAUAAGAGUGAAGACACUUAGCAAUAAAAAUGUGAUAGCGUUAAGGGAAGUUAAAGGGGAAAAUUUCUCCUUUCCGGUUCAGAAGAGUUGUUAACCAUUUUAUACUACUACAUGAGAAAUUUCUGCAAUUUGAUUGGCUUAGAACAGUGGUAUUUCAGCUUAAUUUGAAAUACCUACAUGUGAAAAUUACAAACCUUCUAAGGGUAGUAGUACAAACAAUUAAUGGCAUGAUUUGUACGUGAUAUUUGGCAUAAAUACCACGAGUGAUAUUUCAAUAUAUGUCUGCUCAUCCAUAGCCGUUCUUUGUGUGUCGUCAAGCGACGAUCCUCCCCAAAGAACGGCUGUGAAGCAGACUAGUCGGUUCACGGUUUGGAUAAAUGGGUAAAUGGUACGCAAUAUUCACGGGUACCCAACGGCAAUUUUCGGGAAAAUAUCUGUUCGGAAGACGAUUUGACAUCUAGAAUUUUCGGAGCAUUUGUCUGAUAUUCAGAAGUGGCAAAUUUCGUUCGGUGAACAGCGUCUUUACCAUUUUGCACAAAUCAGUGCAAUUUACUAUGAAAAAUCAAAAGCGUGAAACUGUCAUCAAAGAUGAAUUCAAAAGACUGAAAAACGAAUGGCUGUUUGGAAACAUUCCGACCGACCGUGAAAACAGGACUACCGUUUCAGACGUUCCGUCUUUUCCUAAAAUAUUCCACAUGAAAGACCUAACCUUCGAGCAAGCUUUCGCAAAAUGUGAUACGACAAUUCGGGUCUUUUAUAGCCUGCGAACAAGCUCUCCUGGGGUUCCCAGGGGGUACGGGGGUGGGGAGGGAUAGCGUGCGACCUUACCCCGGGACCCCAUGGGAGCGUGCUCGCAGGCUACCCCUCCCCACCCCCGUACCCCCGGAAACCCUUGGAGAGCGUGCUCGCAGGCUAUGAAACACCUGAAAUGUGGGGUCACAUGAAGUGUUUUCAAAAAUAAGUUGUUAUGUUUGUGAGGAACUGAUUAUCGCAACCGGCGUACCUUUGUUGCAAUCAUAAAGUGAAACAAACUUUUGCUGUUGUUUUUUAGGGAUUUGUCGACCAGAAUAACGAAUUCAAGAUCGAAACCAAAGGAGCAGGUGAAGGAGGCCUGGGACUGACAAUAGAAGGACCUUCAGAGGCUCAAAUUGAAUGCAAAGACAAUGGCGACGGAUCAUGUGACGUGAAAUACCUCCCACCAGACCCCGGCGAUUAUAUGAUCAACAUCCUGUUUGCUGACGAACACAUUCCAGGAAGCCCUUUCAAAGCGCGCAUCUCGUAUCCGUUCGACGUAUCCAAGGUGAACGUCGAAGGACCUGGAAUUGAGCCCGGAAUACGCGCCGGUGAGCCAGCGGAUAUUGAUAUAGACACGCGCAUGGCGGGAGAUGCUGAACUGAAGGUGGAAGUGGUUGAUGAACUGAACAGCCCGGUACAAUGCGAUGUUGAAGAAGAGGAAUAUGGAAUAUACGCCGUCACCUACUAUCCGAAAAAGAAAGGUAAACUGGUCUUCAGUCUCAAGAUUAUCUAGCAAAAAGUUCGUGGUAGACUGACGUUGAAUCACGAAUUAUUCAAUUUUAAUGUUUGAAGACGAACACUCCGUGGGGACGAUUUUCAACUAGACCUAAGCGCGGGAAACAGGAAACUAGUGCAAAACGCGGGAAAAUAUAAAACUGUAAAUCGUGCAACCAAAUUUGCGCGCACACUAGAUUCUUGCAUGUGCCAAGUUAAGGUAGACGCGAGGUCUUAAAGCCCAGGAAGGGUUGCCAGAAUGAAACUUGUCGUUAGUGUUAGUGACCAGAUGUUUCUAGAGAUAAAAGACCCAAUUAUUUAUUAAUUAUUUUCAGGUGGCCACAAGGUCAACGUAAAGUAUGGUGGCAAGCAUGCGCCAGGAAGCCCUUUUAAGGUGCCCAUCUCGCCCAAGUCCGACGCUUCCAAAGUCAAAGUAACGGGGCCUGGAGUGGAGAAAACAGGAGUACAACCUGGAAAACCUACAUGGUUUAUUAUCAACGCUACAGAAGCUGGCAAAGGAGAUGUGCAUGUCAAAAUAGAGCCCAGAGGUUUGUUUUAAUGGCAAUCGAAAUACUCUUCAAUAGUUUUUGUUUUAGUCCGAGUAUUUCAACAAAAUAGUGAGAGCUACAUAACUCUAGGGAAGCGUGAAAUUUAACCUUAAAUAUAUAUACCUUUGCUACGGGGAUCCCUGAAGAUUCUUGAUGAAAAGCAAGUGGUGAUCGGCAUGUAAUUUGUUCUUAUGAUAUCCAAUACAUUGCCAGCAAAAAGGUGAUGAGAAGAAACAGAUGUACCAGAAAGAGGAUGCGUUUUUGAUAUAAACCCAAAUCUUCUGAACUAAUGUACAAUAAAAUGUAUAGCAGACAAAAAGGAGGAUUUUUAAUUAGAUCUUGAGAGUCUAAGGGUGGUUAAGUAUCAAUAUCUCACGGACUAUUAAUUUCAAUCAAGAAAGACAAAUAUCUACCGCACCGUAAAAGGAUAUUGAAUUGCUAAAGAUCCGCUAAAACGACGGUCUCGUUUAUCUUUAUCUAGGACGUGGGCGUCCAGUGGACGUAAAAGUGACCGAGGAAGGAAAGGAUACGUUCAGAUGCGAGUACGAGGCUCCUGAAGAGGGAGAAUACAGAGUGGACGUCAAGUUUGAUGGGUCACCUGUGCCUGGAAGUCCCUUCCCUGUUGAGGUUGCCAAGCCAGGUGACGCGGGAAAAUGCAAGGCACAAGGCGAUGGACUGGAAACAGCUAUUAUCGAUCAGCUGGCCGAGUUUGAUGUCGACUGCAAGUCCGCUGGUGAGUUUUGAAUAGAGGAAAGAAAACAUAGGCACGUAUUACGUCCCAAAAAAACAAGCUCGAGUGUUGUUGUUAUUCAACUGAAAUUUUUGAGGCGUAAAAGUUUUAUCCAUGGUCACUGCUAUUUCGUUUUGAUGCCAAUUCAUUGUUAGAACCACUGACAAAUAACCCUGCGGGCAGAGCUUUCUUUUCGGCAUGGCUUUUAGAAUGUGAGGAGUCGUUUGCGUCGCUGUCAUUCGCUUAGAGGGCGUAAAUAAGCCAAUUAUUCGAAUGACAGCGCCGCGAGCGACUCCGCACAUGCUAAAAGCCUGGCCAGAAAGAAACCUCUACUCGCAAAGUAAUGAUCAAUCGUUUCGUCAGGUUCAAGUAACUGGUUUUGCGUUACCAAGGUGUUCAUUAUUAGUUAAACCGAAAUGUUACGUGACACGAACGCGUGCCAGCGAAAAUUGCCAGCUGCGUGGAAACACGUUACGCGAGGCUGAUUCUUUGUCAACAAACUUUUUCAUCAGGAGAGGGACAGCUAAUGGCGACAGUUGACAAUCCUUCAGGCGCUCACACGGACACAUUAGUAACAGACAAUGAAGAUGGUACCUACUCCGUAUCCUACACACCAUUUGAGGAGGGAAUUCACACCUUGAGCGUCAAGUUUGGAGGGGAUCACAUCCCUGGUAGUCCUUUCAAGGUGAGAGUACAGUUCACAUCAUGUUCUUUUUAGAUUACGCAUUGUUACGCAACGGUAAACAGCUUUGCGCAAUGUGACACAAUGUCAACGCUCUGGAAGAAUGUGUCCUUGACUUUAAGGUUCUCAGUCCUGGAAAUUGUUGCACAAAGAGAUUAAUUGCUAUUCGCCAUGCGUACAUCCUUUGUCUCAGUAUAAGAUUUAAGUCAGCUUUUUUUAUAGCUUCACAGGGUUGUCACUAAGAUUUCAAGUUGCCGGGUAAAUACAACAAGUAGGCGGAGAAUCAAAUGGCUAGGGAUUUCUUUUGGUUCUAUUUUUCUUCUAUUUUCCAAUAAAAGUAGACGGGGGCCACUCUCUUAGUAGCCGGGGAAAAUCCCCAGCCCCCGGUUCUUAAUGACAACCCUGGCUUCAGUUGUGGUAGUAGCGAAGAUAUUUUAUUUUGCUAUGUUCAUUUCAAUGGGGCGAACCAGUCGCAGACUGUGUCGUCAUCGUGUUGAUGACGGGAGAAAUUAGAUGGAAAUAGCAAAAUACUGCAUAAAAUUAACCACUUUACUUCUUAUCUGUCUCUCAGGUUGAUGUCCUUCCUCCCACCGACCCCUCAAAAUGCAAGGCUUAUGGGCCCGGCCUGGAAAAGGCCCUCGUGGACCGUCCGGCAGAAUUCACCGUAGAGACAAAAGGUGCUGGGGCUGGGGGCCUGAGCUUGGCCAUUGAGGGACCUUCUGAGGCUAAACUGACGUGCAAGGACCAUGGUGAUGGAACAUGUUCUGUGAAGUACACCCCUGUUGAGCCUGGGGAUUAUGAGAUCCAUAUCAAGUUUGCUGAUGAGCAUAUUCCUGGGAGUCCUUUCAAUGCCAAGGUUUGUCAGCGGAAACUGCCGCAUUUCGAAUUCAUCCUUUUGUGAACAGUAGUUGUCCAGUGCUAUAAACGUCGGCUUGCAGUGUCGCAGUAUGUGAAUGUAGAACACAAAAUGUGUUAACAGUUCCAAACGAUUGAUGUUUAGCACUUGCAAGCUGUGCCACGCCUUCUUUUGUUUUUAAGGGAGUACAUUUUGCUCUCACUUCAAGGUUUACUAAACUCAUGGGAUGUGAUGUUCAGACUGUGGCAGUGUUGCGCUGUGUUUGAGAUUCACCGCUUUUAACCCUGCAAUCGGGAAUUCGUGUCGACCCCUCCUCGAAUAUCAUCGUUCUAAAUAUAUAACGUCUGGUGGAGCGUCAUGAGCGACCACCGAACCAAAACAUCACAUUAAACAGUGCAGUUCAUAAGCUACCACAGCCUGUAGGCGACAAGGCUGUGUGCCAGGCUCUCAAAAGGAAGAGAAAGGGGGAAGAUCGGGUGCCAGAGAAAGCAACGCCGUCCAGCUAACUAAAACCAAAUCGCCGCAUUUGGGUGGACGGUGAUUGGACUGUAUUAUCUUGGUAUAAUUUUUCUUUCUUUUCCUCGCAGGUGACUCGCCCCAUUGACGUGAGCAAAGUGAAGUGUUAUGGUCCCGGUGUGGACAGAGUUAACCCGCUGUUUUCCAAGGCUCCUCAGGAAUUCACUGUAGAUACAUCAGAGGCGGGUGAUGCGGAUCUGGAGGUUACUGUGGAAACACCUGACAGAAAGGUCCUUAAACCUGAACCUGUUUGCGAGAAGGGCGAUGGCGUCUAUACGGUGGCUUAUACACCUGAGGAGGAAGGUGAGAUACGGGGAGUGAAAAACCACCAUGAUGUCAUUUUAAUGUGUAAGAAUGGAAUAAUCGCGCUAUGGUGUGCUAGAUAUGGGAUCAUGUUAUAUCGUAUCACUCAAUGACGAGAAGAGCAAAAAGUCUGCCGAAUUACUGAUUUUUGAAGUCUUGUAGAUGCCAAACAGCCUUCCUAAAAAAACUACUAUACUCGUUACAAAUCGUUGAAACAGGACCCAUUUCUCUUGAAUUUUUUCCAAAUUUCUUACAUUCACUCUUCACACCUUUGUUCUCACUUAAAUGUGCCCCCUCACCUUUCCCAAUGUUAAGCCGAGCGUAUUUUGGAGCACUGAAAUGACUGCAAACCCAAAUCAACAUUGGGGAGCGGAAAAUCACACAAGUGUUUCAAGAUUUGUGACGAGGAUUGUAGAUUUAAAGCUGCAUGUAGGGCGUUUGCACGAUGAUUGUCGGGUCCAACGUGUCAUUCCGACGUCAUUACGGCCUGGGGCCGGUUGCUCGAAGCCUGGUUAGCACUAACCGUUGGUUAAGAGAUAUCAAAAUGUAUAGGUUUCCAUGGUAUUUAACGCUGGUUAGCACUAACCAUGCUUCGAGCAACCCGGGCCUGUUUGUUAAAAUUUCCAGGCCCGUGUUAAAAGAAAGCAUGUUCAUGGAUGUAUUUAUUAGCUAGCCCCAAACUGAAGUUGAAAAUAGAGUGCUGGAAUAAAAAAACUUUUGUUUAGCGAUGGAGGCCCACAGGGACAGAGAAGUGCAGUGAGAUAAGAACAGGGACAGGAUAGAGCUCCUGGCUGGUGAGAAUUCCGUUGUUGCGCGGGAGAAAGGUGGCUUAAAGAAGUUGAUUAGUAAGGAAACCAAUGAUGUUGGCGAUGGUGGCAGUGAUGAUGAUGAUGAUGAUGAUGAUGAUGAUGAUGAUGAUGAUGAUGAUGAUGAUGAUGAUGAUGAUGAUGAUGACUUGAGUUCCUGUUUUCUUUUUGUCAGGUCGUUACAAUGUAAACGUGAAAUACAACGACAAGCAUGUCCCUAACAGUCCAUUCCGUGUGCGUGCUGGACCUCCGUUUGACGCCAGCAAAGUCAAGGUAUCAGGUGUUGAAGAGUCGCCUGUCACGGACGAGCCUGCGCAAGUAUUAUGCGACUGCACCGAAGCUGGUACAGCUCCUCUCACAGGUAUGGACACUUUGUGAUUGGCGUACGUAGAGCGGGUAUCCACCUCAUUCCCAGGGUUCCUCCUUUCCUUGCUUGUCAGGCCGUGCCGAACACCAGAAACGAAGUGCACGGCAUGAUGUAUUCGAGUUGUCGUGGUUUGCUGUUGUUGGAGACCUUUAGAUUCGAGGAAGAGAACGACUACGAGUGCGAGAUUUGAUUUAAACUUUUUUACUCGUAUUGUCAAGAACCAGACACCCCGGAAUUCUUCACUGUACUUUUUUCACCAGAAAAGUUAGCACUGUUAUCGUUAAUGAAGGAGGUUAAGACCUCCCCCGAUUGAAAAGUGCUAAAACUUCUAACAUUUGAUAACUUGUUCCCGCCAUUACGUCAUUCUCGUUAAAAAUUGUAGUAGAAUGAAGACGGCUACCACGUUUUCCCGCCAAAAUGACGCUGGUUCACGCGUGCACACUACUUAGUAUUGAGAAAAUCUUGUACUCGUAGUCGUUCUCGUUUUAGAAUCUAAAGGUCUCUAUUAGCUUCUAUUGUACAGUGCAACCUCCAUGUAACGACGGGCCAAGGGACUGGCAAAAUGUAUGCGCUAUGACCAAGUUUCGUUGUAUGUAUCGAGGUUCUGGUUUGCUUUUAUAUAUUCUACUAUUACUGGGGUAAAGAAAAUCGUUCGUUAUAUCGAGGACUUAGUUGUAUAGAGGUUUGUUAUAUCGAGGUUCUGCUGUAUAAGGAAGAUGCCAAUAAACAGCAAAGGAAAAUAAAGGAUGGGAAAAAGGAUAAAGAAAAGAUGAAUUCUAUUGUGACGCCAGGCCUUUACUUGGAAGGUCAAUCAUAGUUGGUUAUAUCAUGGUUGUAAAUUUUGAACCUGUUAACAAAAACCCAUAACGAGACCACUGAAAUGAAACCUCUUGUGUAUAGGAUUCGCGUAGCUAUUAAUUUUCCGCCAAGAUUUGGAAUUAUUCUUGUAUUUUGAUUUACCUGCUGUAGGGAUUUACAAUUUUCUUUCAUUAAAAUUUAUUCAGCAACGGUAUCUCCGCCCAGCGGUCCUGACAUACCUGUCGAAAUCAAGGAGAAUGGAGAAGGUUGUUAUAUCGUGGAGUACACUCCUGAGCGAGCAGGCCGCCACAGUAUUGACGUCAAGUACGGCAACAAGAGAGUACCUAGGAGCCCGUUUAGAGUUCAGGUCAAACCGAGUGGAGACGCGUCUAAAGUAGAGGUCGAUGGACUAGGCCCGAAGGAUAAGUUCUUCGUAGACAAAGAGAAUGACUUCACUAUAGAUACAAGCAAAGCUGGAAAAGGUUGGUUGUUCAUCGACGUUUGGAUGUUAAUUUGGCCAGUGUAAAUAGUUUAGUUUUCGUUUCACGAUGGGUAAUAGACCUCUCAUAGCUUAAUUAGUUUGAUGCCCUGUUCAAAUCAUGUUACGCUUUAAAGCGAAUUUGUCCUUUCAUUUAAUGUGCGUUCAUCUACACGUCAGUAGACUGACUGAGUUAAGGUUUUGAGAUGGGAAAAUAAAAACCCAUUUCACUCCAAAAGCUCGCCCAACGAUAAAGUAAACGCCAAAUCAGUCACAGCAAAAAAAGGACUUUAUUCAGGGGCACCCAACGACAACUUUCGGAAAAAUAUCUGUUCGGAAGACGAUUUGAGAUCUAGAAUUUUCGGAACAUUUGUUGUAAAAUUUCUUGCCUGCCUGCCUCUCCUAGGAUUUUCGAACAUCUAAAAAAUGGUAAAAUUGCUCAUUUUCAACGGAUUUUUACCCUAAAAAGGUCACCUAAAAUUUUUCGGGAGCCUUUUCUCUGGCUGAAAUUUUCGAACAGGUAAGUUUUGAUCCCUAUUAUUUUCGGAUCACUAGACUUUCAGCUAGGAAAUCCGAACAGAUGAAAAAUUUAUAGGGGAUAAAAAUAUGCCCAUAUUCACUGUUUAAAUACUAAAACACGUUUAACAAUGCUAUGUUUAAGUGGUUUUGAACUAUAUUCUCGUUGGGUGCCCCUGGCUAUUUGAGUGCCAAUGUAUCAGUUAAGCACGAAAGUACUUAUUGGGGACACUAUUUAAUUACCUCUCUGCUGGAGACUUCAUUUCUCAGUCAUUUUAAGACCCUGAGGGUUGGUCCGGUCCCGGGAAUUGAAUCCGCGGCCUCUCGCUCUGCAGCCAAGCGCUCUACUGACUGAGCUAAUCCUGCCGCUGAUAUUGGACGAGGUUGAUAUUGGAGGGGGUUGCUCACAAUCCAUGGAAAUAAUUCAGUUAACGCCAUGCACAGAAUAUUGUGCUCAAGUCCAGUCACAGAAACUCGGUGUCUUUUAAGCCCAUUAAAAUUGACCACUCCAGAAAAUACCAUAACAUACCAUAGUGCUCUUUGCUUGUCACCCCAAAAUUUUGCAUAAGCAUUGUCUUCAAUUUCUCUUGGGAGUUAAAAUGGUCCCAAGAGAAACUGAAAACAAUGCUUAUGCAAAAUUUUGGGGUGACAAAGAAAGAGCAUUAUGGUAUAUUAUGGUAUUUUCUGGAGUAGUCAAUAAUAGAGAUUUCCCUUACUUCCGUGAACUUCAUGUAGGUGUUCCCAAAUGUACCAUCAAAGGCCCCGACAGAAAAGAAGUCCCCUGUGAAGUACUCGACAAUGGUGAUGGCACCUAUGAUUGUGUCUUCACUCCUGAGGAAGUCGGACGCCAUAAUAUCGACGUUCUUUUCGGUGGAGAGCCAGUGCCCGGAAGCCCUUUUAAUAUCAAGGCUGAAAAACCAGUCAAACCUGUUGCUGUGGACAAGAUCAAGUGCGAGCCUAAGGUUGACAAAGAACCUCUGGUGGAUGAGGAACUGGUGUACGCAGUCGACGCCCGCCCAGCUGAAUCGGCCCCUGGUGAAAUUCCUGAAGGGCUCUUAAACGGCUCCCUUCUCACGCCCUCUGGGGAUAAGGAACCUGUCCGCAUUAAGGACAAUAACGAUGGAACCUAUGACGUGGCGUGUGUCCCCAAAGAGCCUGGACCCCACGAGCUAAGUUUGGAUUACGAUGGUGUACCGCUGCCGGGAAGUCCAUACAAGUUUGACGCUGUGGAAGGAGGCGCAGAUAAAGUCAAGGCUUAUGGAAAAGGUAUAAAGUCCCUCGUCCUUCCCCCUAACCCUGCCCCCUUAAUCUUUCCACACACAUACACACCCUUCCCAAAUAGAAAAGGGAAAUAAGUUUUUUUAAGUACCAAGAGCCGAGGGAAUUAUUAUAAUCUUAACCCCUCCUUUAUGGUUAUAGGGUAGUUUCCGUCAUCAAUCUGUCACUUCAGGUUUUAUCAGCGAUCCCUCAAAAUAAACCGACAUAAAAAAAUCGGCUGUUUACCUUGUACAAACGUUUUCCGGAAAAUCUGGUUGGAAAGUAAAUGGAAAACGACUUUUUUUUAUUAUUCCGAGGAGAAUUUCUUGGAGCAACGGAGUAUCUGAAAAAAAUGGUCUUUUCUUUCUGGACGGAGUGUUCCAAACGGAAAUUCGUAUUUCAUUUCUUCAAAGCAUCUAAGGUACCAGGUUUAAACCUUCGCGGCUGUUUUUCAGUAAAUGGUACUGAUUUGUACAAGGGCCUGUAUUUUCCUUACCAUUCACCAUUUUCACAUAGACCAUAAUGCACUUUGUUUAUCCCGCCCCCCCCCCCCAAAAAGAAAAAUAAUAAUAGUAAUAAUAACAAUAAUAAUUAAUAAAUAAAUUUUGCAUAACGAUGUUGCCAAUUUCUCUUGAGUAUUACAGUCGUCCCAAGAGAAAUCGAAGACAAUGAUUCUGCAAUUUUUUUUUUUUUUUUGGGGGGGGGGGGGGGGUGGUGUUUAGAAGGUACAUUAUGGCCUAUGUGAAAAUAGUAAAUUUGCCCAAUCCGUGAACGUACCGGUUUUCCCAUGUAAAUGGUAAACAACCAGUUUUCCUUCUUAAAACUGAUAAGCGUAUGAACCGAACGUUUGUCCCGUGUGUUUAGUCUUGGGUUGAAGUUAAAUAUGUGAACUUACAGGAUUGGAACGUGGCCUAGCUGGAGAACCCGCUGAGUUCACCAUAGUAACCAAAGAUGCUGGACCAGGUGGCCUCGCCUUGGCUGUUCACGGACCCAGCAAGGCCGAGAUCAAGUGCCAAGACAACGGAGAUGGCACCUGCUCUGUGCAGUAUGUCCCUGAAGAACCAGGUACUAUUCACAGCUAUCUCCUUCAUAAAUACCAUUAGGUCCUGCAACUGUCGCCAUAAUGUAAAGAGGGGGUAACGAGGGUAAACAUGGAGAAAAUGCAACUUUUGCUGAGCCCGGAUCAUAUUUUAGCAUAGCUCUUCGCGUGAUCCGUAACAAGCAGACGAUAGGGACCUUAUGAUUUGACAACGGCGACUCUGGUGACAACGUCACCGAAAAAAUGACUUCGGGUCCUUGCAAGAGUUUUGCCGAUUAUUCGAGCUCUUUCAUCUUUUUAAAAGUUGGGAAUUAAGCGGCCCUUGAAGAGAGAGGAACGCUUUCGAGCUUAGAUACAGUUGCCGUUCACGUUCUCAGGAAAACAACGAAUUCAAGCAAAUAUUUAACUGAAAAAGCAACUUAAAUCCAUUUUUGGUAAACAGUUGAGUUAGCCAUAAAAACAAAGAUUUGAUUCACCUUGUUGAAGAUCCACUCUUUCGUUUUGCUCCUUCUUACUUUCUCUUUUCACCUGUUUCAGCGAGUCUUGUAUGGUCUUUCCAAUGACGUCUUUUAUUUCUUCGUGCUUUCGUUUUUUACUAGGAAGACACUGCUUUUUCCGUUUAGGGAAAAGCCCUUUCUUACAUUAAUUUUCUUUAAAUUCAAACCUCUUAAUUCGGACACUUCGUUUCUACGGACACUUUCUAUGGCCCCCUUCGUGUCAGUAUUAACGGGGCUUGUAUGACUGUAACUGCUCCUGUUGGCUUUGUUCUAACAGCUGUGUCCUUUUGUACAGGUGAUUACAACAUCAGUUGUAAAUUUGCGGAUAAAGAUAUCCCUGGCAGUCCAUUUACCGCACACAUCUACUCCAACUAUGAUGAUCUAGAUGCCGUUUCUCCGCGCCCCACGGUUGGGAAACCCUGUGACGUGGAAUUGAAUAUCCCAGAAUCCUUCCGUCCUGAGGACGUCACAAACGGCGUCCUAGCAGCGGAGCUAGAGAGACCAGACGGACGAAAAGAACCAUUGGAGCCACUUCGAGUGAACCCUGACGGUACCCUGGCGGUGACAUUCAUUCCCUAUGAACCGGGUGAACACUUGAUCCAUGUCUACAAACACGGUCAGGAGGUUCAAAACAGUCCGUUCUCUGUCAUGGUUCAAGCACAGCGGGUGGGAGAUAUCUACCCCGUUGGCCACACUUGUGAAUUGGAUUUUAAGAUCCCUGAAGACGUCGAUGUCUUAGAUCUCGUGGGUACGCUGAAACGGCCGAGUGGUAAAGUGGAUGAGUCGCUGACGCUGAAGCCUGGUCCCAAACCUGGAACGAUCAGUGUUUCGUUUGUGCCGCGCGAAGUUGGUGAACACUUUCUGUCUGUCAAGAAGAGGAAAGACGGUUCUCCUAUACCGGGAAGUCCAUUCUCAAUUUUGGUAGAAUCGGAAGAACCCACAGAGGGAGUUGGUUGCCCAAUUGACUACUGCUUUAGCUUGGAUGAUGUGGUUCUCCCAGAUGACAUCUUAAAGGAACGGGUGAAAGGCACGCUCAAGAGACCAUCCAGCGACAAAGAAGAACCCAUAGACUUGAAGCUCAACUCUGAUAACACUCUCAGUUGUUCAUUUGUUCCGCGUGAAACAGGACUUCACUACAUCUACAUCAGAAAGUAUGGACGCCAAGUCGACGGAAGUCCGUUUGUCAUCAAGGUGACCGCACCCGAGGGACUCUCCAAGGUUGGGAAACCCUACGGAAUGGGUUUGGAAAGCUCCGAUGUUAAUCUCCCCGAAGACUACCCCAGGUUGUCUGCGACGCUGAAGAGGCCUUCCAGCCCCAAAGAAGAAGAACUUAAACUUGUAUUGAAUGGAGAUAACACAUUGGGCGUCGCGUUUACCCCGCGUGAAGAAGGAGAACAUUUGAUUCAUCUUAGAAAGGACAAUAAAGAAGUAGAGGACAGUCCAUUCAGUGUGAUAGUUGGAGCGAAGGAAGAAAAGGUAGAACGAGAAGCUUUAUUUAAUAUUAUAGUAGGUUGCUCUUACUUACAGUUGAACCCCGUUAAUACCGCUACUAACAGACCAUUUAAAACGAACAAUAAGCUGGGUACGGGCAUGGUCAUCUUUCAUGGCCUCGUUCCCCCCCUGUUUAGUGUUUUGGGAGUGCUACUGUUAAGAAAAUGGCCGUUAAGAGGUGAACAGUGUUACGUUUCACAGGCAUUUUCAGGGCAAAUCAAAGUUGCUUGUAAGAACAAGGUAGCCGUAUGGUGGAGUUCCUUUGUAGCAGGGUCUCUCCCAUCUAAGCGUGAUCAUGAUUAUAGUGUUGCCUCCGCGUAUUCAAGUUCCGUGACUGAGAGAAAGAUAGAAGGAGCCUACGUUAAACGUACUUUUUCCAAACCUGUUUUGAACUCCCUAAUGAAGCUAUUGAGUACCCCCGUCUAUUCACUGUCGGUUAAAAUACUCUUUUGCUGUUGUGCGCAGGUUGAAGAAGUUCAUCCAAUGGGUCGAACGUGCGAUGUCAAUCUAGAUAUACAGGGCGUCACGCUGCCCGACGAUCUCGACAAAGAUUUGCUCAGAGGCUUCCUAAAAAGACCAAAUAGUGAAAAAGAAGAACCGCUUGUGCUUGAAAUCACGCGUGACAAUUCCUUGGGCGUGUCAUUUGUACCUGAAGAACCAGGUGAACACCAGAUCAGCGUUAGAAAGAAGUCCCCAGAUAGGAAGUGGCGUGAUGUACCUGGAAGUCCCUUCUCUAUUAUGGUCGAAGCCGCAGAAGCUGUCAAUGCUGUUGGAACACCAUGCGACUGUCUUCUAGAUAUCCCUAACCUUCGACUCCCCGAAGACUUGAACAGGUUAACAGCCAAGCUAAAGAGGCCAUCAAGCCGCCAAGAAGAAGAUCUAAAGCUUAGAGUUACGUCAGAUAACAAGCCGUUUGUGUCGUUCGUACCGCGGGAGCCUGGAGAGCAUUUGAUCAGUAUUAAGAAAAACCGAGAUCACGUGAAAGGCAGCCCCUUCUCUGUCAUGGUGGUCGCCCCCGAAACUGGCAACGCCAUUGGCAGACCGUGCGGUGUUGGACUCGAAAUUCCCGGACUCAAACUCCCGGAUGAUUAUAACGACGGUCUCUUGACUGCAAGUCUGCAGCGGCCUUCUGGGAAGCCUGAGGAACCGCUCCCUCUCGCGCUCAACUCUGACAACACUUUGAGUGUGUCGUUUACCCCGCAGGAGACUGGAGAGCACUUUGUGACAGUGAAGAAGUCCGGAAACCACGUGAAUGGCAGUCCCUUCUCUGUUAUGGUCAGCGGUCCUGGACCUGCUGAUCCAAGCAAAGUGGUGUGCACCGGCCCAGGUAAAUUAUUUAUCAUUUAUUUACACGCUGCAAUAUAUUGAAUUUACAUAAUUUUUGCCAAAAUAAUAGCAUAACUUCGAAAAGUAAUGCAAGAGUACCACAGGAGACUUUCGCUCAGUGGCUUUAAAAGGAAACUCAAUCUGAGGGAAACUGUUCAUAACUCUUCUUUUCUCGUAACCUUCCUUUUUGAUUAAGCCAUGAUAUUUUGCGAGGAAGAUAAUUUGAUCAACGAAAACCGGAAAGCGUUUUUCGCGAUAGUGUAGGAGUUUUAUAUAAUAAUUUGAUCACUGAAACCUGAAAGCGUUUUUCGCGACAGUGUAGGAGUAUUAUAUUUCGUAACAUUAACAGUCUGGAUUGGUUUUGUUUUAUUGAGGUCUACAUGACGGAGUAGCCGGGAAGCCCAGUACAUUUACCAUCAACACCCGCGACGCUGGCUAUGGAGGACUGGGUCUAUCAAUUGAGGGACCCUCUAAAGCCCAGAUCACGUGCACAGACAACGAGGAUGGCACAUGCACAGUGGAGUAUCUUCCGGUUGAGCCUGGCAAGUACACUAUCAAUGUCAAAUUCGCUGAUGAGGAUGUGCCCGGAAGUCCCUUCACCUCUAAUGUGAGGCCUUCAGGAGAUACGAUACAACCCAUCGAGGAGGACCUGGUAGGGAGAAAGAAACAUCUAGGGACUUGUUACUAUAGCUACAUGUUCCAAAUGAUGCCCACACUAGUAUAAAUGUUGUAUUCGGACGUGGUGAAUAUUUAGCAUGCCUUUUGACACCACCUGAUCAAAUGAUCAAUACACACAUCGAAAAAGGCUUCAUUUAAAUGAUCAGGAGAUGAAAAUGGUGGUGAAGGUGAUAUUCAUUAUGACGAUGAGGAUGAGUAAUAAGAAAUGAUCUAUGUUACUGCAACAUUUAACCCUUUCAGUGCCAAGUGUGGCCAAGGGCAAAAUGCGACAAAAAUUCCCAAAUUUCGUUUUGUAAAAUUUUGGAACAAAUAGCACUAUUUGAAAGUACAUGCAGAGACGUUUCAUUUGAAUGGUCACAUCAUAGGAUUUUGUCCACAGACUCAAAAGUUACAACUACCUUAACGGACUCCAACAUUCACUCUGGCAGUGAAAGGGUUUUCAAUGCAAUGAACUGAAACCAGUAGGAGACAAUUAACAAGCAAGGUUCGCCUUGAUAACAUAAGCUUGGUUGUUACAAAAACAUCCAAAUGUAUUUAUUAGUUUUGGGAUCUUUUCGUGUGGUACAUGUUGCUAUUUUAAGGAUGAUACGAUUUUAACCCUUCCAGGAUCAUAGAUGGAGUCUCGUAUGCUUUUUGUAGCUUUUGUGUCUGUGGAAGAAAUGAUUCAAAUGAAAGCUACUGACAGUACUUUCAUAUGGCAGCAUUUGUUUUCAGCAUUUCACAAAGUGAAAUUUGGAAGUUUGAUUUUGUUUACUAAAAUGUUUUUUUCUUGUUCACUAGGUGGCCUCUUCAGCUCCAGAUCAGUUCUCUGAACCAACUCAGCGAGUCUCACAAGUGUUUGAGGACCUUGUGACUUUCGGUUCCACUCCUGCUCAGCCUCACGAUUUCGUGUUUGAUCUUAAAGGCUACAACAUGGACGACCUUGAAACCAUGGUGAUAAGCCCCGAUGGUACAGAGCUCGAAUCUGACAUUAUCGAAUCAGGACCCAAAACCUACACCAUCCGGUUCGUUCCGAAGGAGAGCGGAGAACACACGAUCUAUGUUCGAUUCAAGAGCGGAAGAAAGAAGGACAUCCCCGGAAGCCCCUUCAAAGUCUUCGUUGAAGCUCCCGUGUGGGGUGGUGCAGCGAAGUGCUUGGCUGCGGGACCUGGGCUUGAAAGAGGCGUGGUCAACCAUACGGGAGAGUUCACUGUCUGGACACGUGACGCUGGACCAGGAGGACUUGCGAUCGCAAUCGAAGGACCGGCCAAGUCAGAGAUUAAGUGCACCGACAAUGGAGACGGUUCAUGUAACAUUUCGUACUUACCUACCACCAAUGGGGAAUACACCGUCCAUAUCCGCUUUGCUGACGAGGAUAUCCCCGGAAGUCCAUUCAAGGUGAACGUUUCGCCGGAAGUGGAAGACCGCUUCCGGGAUCUCAAUGUCUCCGACCUGGCAGAGAGCGGACUAAAGGUGAACCAACCUGCUUCCUUCUCAGUUCAGACCAAUGCGUCUGUUGGUGACGUCACAGCUUCUGUGAUCUCGCCCUCAGGAGAAGAAAAAGAAGCGCAGGUAUCCAAACUGGGUGGUGGGAACUUUGCGAUACGCUUCACCCCUAGGGAAUUUGGUGAUCAUCUUGUCAACGUCCGUUUUGACGGCUCCCACAUCCCCGGCAGUCCCUUCAAGAUCCGUGUAGGCGGGGCAGAGGGUCACCCAGAGAAGGUGAAAGCUUAUGGUUCAGGUCUUAGUAGCGGAAGAGUGGGAGAACCCGCGGAGUUCACAGUUAACGCCCUUGAGGCCGGAUCAGGAGCGCUUGCCCUGUCGGUGGAUGGCCCGGCGAAGGUUAAGAUGAAUUGCAGUGAAAAUGCCGACGGCACUUACCAAGUCACGUACAACCCCGUGGUAGCAGGCGAAUACACCAUUAGAAUAAAAUUCGCCGGUCAGGAUAUCCCCGGAAGCCCUUACAACGUCACGAUCCACCCCUCGGAUGGCAAGUACAGAAGGGACGGAGAUGCAUCGAAGUGUACUUCACGAGGAACAGGUCUGCAUAGCGCGGUACUAGGACAGCCCAACUCCUUCACUGUAAACGCCAGCAACGCUGGGCGCGGCUCACUGAUGGUCGGCGUCGAGGGCCCAGCGAUUCCCGCCAAAGAAAUUAACGUCAAGCACACCGGAAGUAACGUGUACGCUGUCAACUACGCGCUGGAAGAGCCUGGUGUCUACAUUCUUAAAGUAUUAUGGGCUGACAAACACAUCCCAGGCAGUCCUUUCCACGUGACCGUUUGA